GUCAGAUAAUAUAACCCCAAUUCCUAAAAAUUUGACAUUUAUAAGCGUCUUAAAUAUCGGUUUAUCGAAUUUAUUAUCUGGAAGAAAUUAAAAACAAUUUUCAGAAAAUAAUAAUAUAUUCUAUAAUGUUUUGAUUCAAUAUUUAAUUAGAGUAAAAACCGACAGUAAUACUAACAAUAAUUAUACUAUAAAACUUAUCCGGAAAAAUGUUGUGUAGGUUAUGUUUGUUGGGUGAUAAUAAUUACCAAAAGUUAGAAGGUGCUAUAUGUGAUAUGCUAAGGGCUGUAUUGCGGAAAAAAUACAAACAAAUAGGUGACUCCGUUAUUUGUAAUGGAUGUGUAAAGAAAUUGAAAGAUGCAUUUGAUUUUAAGACUACUACUGUUCGGGCACAAAAAAUAGUGUCACUAUAUGGUGGUUCUGAUACAAAAGUUGUUUACAUUCGUGAUAAUAAACUUUGUAUCACUUCCAAAAAUGAUAACACUAUUAAAUUAUGUAAAACCUGUUUGACACUUAUCGAACAUAAUUUAUGUGUAAAUUUAAUAGGAACUUAUGAGAUUAUUGAUAUCUUGAAAAUAUAUAUUCCAGAAGUGAUUAUACAUGAAAGAGAACCAUCAUUAUUGUGCUAUAAAUGCCUAGAUAGAUUUAGGAUAUUUUCCGAAAUUAUCAAUAUGGUAAAUAAUACAGAAAACAUGAUAACAACUUACUGUAAUGAAAAAGGUAUAAACAAUACUGAACAACUUACUUUGGAUUAUUUAGUUGCAGCAAUAAAUAAUGCAAAAGUAUCUAAUGAUGCUAAUAAUAUGAAGUUGUUGGAUGGAGAUCAUUUUUUCGAUUUAGAAAACGAAUUACUUUUAACUGAUAUCAACUCGGGUAUAAUGGAAGAUUCAAAAAAAAGAAUAAUAAAAAAAAUUAUAGAGGAAGAUGUUGAUCUGUUUUACAAAGAAAAACCACAUUUCGAUCUUGACGAACAAUUUUCCAAUGAAAACGAAAUAGACAAUAACCAAAGAAACAUUUUUUUCAAUAUUCAAAGCCCUUUGCUUACCGACCUCGACGAUGAUACCCAAUAUAAAAAUAAUGUUAGAUCAGUGGAAAGUGCGUCUUUAAGACACUCGUUUGAGACUGAGGAGUCUUCUCUAUCCCCGGGAGCUUUGAGCGAUAGAAAUUUUUACGAAUGUGAAGAAGGACAGGAUGAUUUGAAAAAAGAAGAGAGGGAGACAACAAGUCCUAAUCCCUUCAUAUUUUUCAACGAUUUUGCACAAAAUUCAACUACAUGUACUUGCAAAGACGCAUCGACUGCUCAGAAAAAAGCGAAACGGAAAUUAUGCGACAAAUGUAAAUGGAAAAAAGUUCUUGGAUUUAACAGUGAAAUAUCAAGUACGAAUAGAGAUAGUAUGGAUGAUGAAGAUGAUGAUCUGAAUAUGAAAAAAUCUAAAAGAGAUGGAAAAAAGAAAUGUAGAAAAGCUUAUGGAAUCGAAUUCAAGGAGUUAUGGUGUACGCAGUGCAGGUGGAAGAAGGCUUGUACACGUUUUGGUAAUACAAAGGCUGUGAAUAGACGAUAAGAGCUACAAGAAGAAUCUUCUUAAAGAGAUUUAUUACCUGUGAUUUUUGUGAGAAGAAAAAACAGUUUUUGUACUAACUCAAAUUUUAUAAUUUUCUAUUUUAAUUUGGAAAACAGGGUUUAGCCGUUUAUAUCUAUAUAUAAAAAAAGUACAAUUUUUAUAUUAAUCCGGUAAGUAAUGUUGAUCUUACCCAUAGAUCCGUUCAAUUGAUGUUGGUAUAAAGACAAGUUGAAAAUAUCAAUUUAUUGCGAAAAAUGUUUUGUCAAUUGUAUUUAAUUUUAUUAUUGUCUUUUUUUUGACUAAUUUCACCUAUACUUUUGUAAAAACAGUAUAAACACUCUGGUAAGUCAUUAACUUCUUACAAUUUUCCAUUUGCACUAAAUCUUGUGAUGAUUGUUAACUGAAAACUUUUUUAAUUUUGAAUUUUCGUUUCUUUAAGUGCCAAAAAUGCUUAAAAUCACUUUUUAAUUGUCUUUAGAAAUACUUUAACUUCUGUUUUAUUAAUAUUUAUCGAAUAGAGACAAUUUAGUUUAUGUCUUUGGCAACAGAUUCCUCAUUGAUAUUUUUUUUAAAAUUAAAUUCGGUUCACAUUAUUUUGUUAUAUAUUAUAUAUAAGAUAUUAUAAUUUUUUAAUUGGGAACUAAUUCUAAUCAAGUAUUGGAAUGUGUCCUACGAUAACAUUAAAAAUAUUACGAAAUUGUUUUGAAAUUGUCUUACUCCGAAGUAAAUAAUUGGCAGCUUUUCUAUUUAAAAUUUUCAUGAAAAUCUUGAACGUUUUUUGAAAUCAUUUAGGAAAAUAUUUACGAAAAAAAAACUGAAAACAAAUAGAAGGUGAUAUCGAUGUAGUGUAUAGAUUUUAAAAUUUCGAUGCUAUACAUUUCAAAAAAAUUAACACUCUGUAGAUAUCUGUCUAUCAGAAAUUUUGUAUAUUUGAUGUAGGAUCUCAAUAGGAGGUAGAUCAGAUCUAUAAAUUAGAUAAUGAAGCGUAGUUUGAUCAAAGUUGCAUUUAUUUGUAAAAAUUUUCAAGUUGAAGUUUUAUUUUUGCUAAUCUAAACAUUUGUAAGUUUCUGAUGGUAUUAGAUCAGAAAAAUGUCCAGCAAUACUACAUUUUAAGAAAUUUUGACUAUUUUUUUUUCGAUUUUCUAAAUAAAUUAAAGUUACUACAAGCUAAAACUGCUAUAGAAAUAUGAUGAUGAAGCUUAGUUGUUGGACAAUACUGCAUCUUGAAAAAUUUUGACUUUUUUUGUUUUUCGAAAUAUAUUAAAGUCACUAGAAGAUAGAUCAGGUGUAAAGAAUAGAUGUUGAAGUGUGAUUCGUUUGAUUCUGCAUUUAUUUGUAAUAAUUUUUAAGUUAAAGUGUCAUUUUUGCCAAUCUAAACAUCAUUUGUAAGUUUCUGAUAGUAUUAGAUCAAAAAAAGACCAACAAUACUACAUUUUCAAAAGUUUUGACCAUUUUUUUAUUUUUCAAAUGAAUUGAAUUUAUUAGAAGGUAGAUCUGGUGUAAAAAUUAAAUGGUGAAGCGUAAUUGUCUAGCAAUACUGCAUUUUAAGAAAUUUAUACCAUUUUUUCUGUUUUCGAAUAGACACUAGAAGAUAGAUAUGAGGUGUGAUUCUGCAUUUAUUUGUAAUAAUUUUCAAGUUAAAGUUUUAUUUUUACUUAUCCAAACAUCAUUUGUAAGCUCCUAAUGGUAUUAGGACAAAAAAUGCCCAGUUUAAGAAAUUUUGGACUAUUUUUUUGGUUUUCGAAAUAGAUUGAAGUGACUUUUAAUAAUUUGAUAUCAUUUCUAUAACCAUUUUGUAGUUUUAAAUAAAAAAAGUAUUAUUAGCAAAAGAAAUCUACCUGCAAUAUAAACAAAAUUGACCAUUUUAUUUCAAAAUAAAUAUAAGUCUCUAAAGGGUAGAUGGGAUGUAUCAAAUAAACGAGGAAGCGAAAUUUACUUAAUUUUGCAUUUGUUUUUGAUAAUAGCUCAUUUGUAAGCAUUUAAUAAUACUAGACCUAACCAAUGUCACCAAAACAUUUUUAGCAAUACUGCAUUUUAUUUUAAAUGUUUAUUUCGAAAUACAUAAAAAUCCCUUAAUUGAAUGAGACAGUAUUUUAAAACGUAGUUACCCCAAUUUUUUCAUGACUUACGAGGUAUAGCCUUGUUUUCAAUUGCUUUGAAAAUACUAAGAAUAUAUUUGGGGUGAUAUAGUGAAUUUUCAAUUACCAUAAACCUCAUAUAGAUUUAUCAAGUUAUAUUUGGAAGCAUUUAAAAAGCAGUUAGUUGAAUCAUCCCUAUUUUCAACCAUAGAUUAUAUAAAUUCAAAUAUAAUUAAAAAAUAAUUCCUUCUACCAUACCAUAAGAUGUAUUUCAACGAAAACCGUCCAACUUUCCUUUUCGAAAAGUGUAGCUGGAUUAAAUCUGGUAACUUAGCUGGUUCAUAAUGUUACUGAUUUACCAUAAGAGAAUGAAUAAAACGAACCUCAGUAGAUAUACAAUUGUAUGAAUUAAAAAAUAUUUUCCUAUAUGUUGUGAUAAAUGUAUAAAUUAUGUCCCGAUCAAAACGAUUUAUUGUACCCUGUGAUCCUAUAUCGGUUAUUGUUUGUAAAUAUGACGUUUUAAAAACUUUAUUGUAGACUAGGUAAACGUAUACUGAUAACUGAGAAAUAUAUUUUCAAAAAAAAAUUUGGUAGCUGUAAAUAUGUUUCUAACGAUUUUUUGGGAAUAGAAAAUCAUUUGUAUAGAGCGUGACAAAUUUAAUUCCCAUAUGAAUAAUUUAUUCAUUUUUUUUUAGAUUCCUCCUCUCACUACUAUACUCUAUUAUCAAUUUCUUUGUCUCCCAUUUCCUCCAAAAUUGUUUUUUAUCGUCUCCUUCGAUUUUUCUUAUCUCAAAACUUCUAACCGUUGGUUUGUGACUUGUUUGACUAGAUCAGACCAUCUCAUAGGUGAUCGACCUCUACAUCUUUUUCUCCUGUACUUUUACAAUCACUAUAAUCCUGUCUAUAUUGCCAUCUUGUCUUCUAGGGACGUGUUAAAAAAAUUGCAACACUUUGUUCUUCUUAUACUCAAAUCUUUCAUUGUGGACUGAUUAGUUUUCAUCCAAGUCCAGGGAAUUCUGAAUAUCCACCCGUAGCACCACAUUUCGAAUGAAUAAAUAUAUUUGUGCUUGUCAGCUCUAAGUGUCAUGAUUAUGAACUGUAUGAGAAGAUUGAGAACGUUCGGUCCAGAGGUAUUUAGUUAUGAGCUCUUUCUUAUUCCACGCUAUAUUUCUUAAGAAAUAUAAUCUUUUGCCAUUUUUCUCCAUGCUUAUCAACUUUUCUUCUCAAUACAUUUGUUUUAUUUUCUCUGUAUACUUUGUAUGUUGUUUGUGAGAGACCAAAGCGAUUAUCAUCCAAUUUAUUUAUGUGAGAGGUAGGAGAAGAACAACAAAGCCCUGGAAUAGUAAUUAGAAAAAGACCGAAAGUAUUUUGUAAGAUUUACGGAGAUGAAAGGCUAGUGAGUGAGAAAAAUACACCAAACUGGAAAGGCUUGGUAUAUAGCACCGUGUUUACUCCAGCAUUUGUAAGUUUGGUUUAGAAAGGUUAGGACCCAUAUAAGACUGAAGAUCCGUGAGUAUGAAGACGUGAUAAAUUAUAAUUUUGGUUUUUCUUGUUAAAACUUUGUCUCGCCCUAUAUAAUUAAGGUAGUUCGUAUGAUAAAGGAAAGAAUAUAUUUUUUAAAAUGCUUUUUUGUAUAUUAAGCGUGUACUUUUUAUUUUUUAUUGGAGAUAUUUAGGGAAAUGAUUUUGACUGGUAUCAAUACUGUUCAUUUUUGUACUUUUCAAUAAAAUCUAUAUUUUGAAACUUGUUUUU